AUGCACUUGCGCGUGCUGCCACGGUGUCGCCGAACCACCACAUCUUACCUGCUGCUCAUCAUGUCCGCCACGGCAGCGUCGUCGCGGCGGAAGCAGCACUACGAGUCGCUCAAGGAGGAGUCGAUGAUCCCGUUCGAGAUGGAGCUCGACGAGGCGAUCGAGCUGCCGUUCGACGUGAACGCCGUCGCACCUACAGACGUGGCGCUGAGCGCGCCGUUUGGGGGUAAAAAAAUCCCAAUGCGUGCUGCAAGGGCCGCUUCAGAGAGCAGGGUUGCAUGGAGUAACGGCAGCACCGCCAGCGUCGGAUUCGCCGUGUGCGGCAAUGGAAAGGAGCUCCCGAGCACCGCCGCAACCGCCGACGGCGUCGCCUCUCCCAUCGCCACGCCAGCCAAUGCAGCUCCCACAACCUACUCGGCGGCGGCGCCGUCACGCAUGUUGACGUGGAAGGACACCAGCGCAUCUCAGCGGCGUGCCGAGGCGCAGGCGAGUCGCCAAGACGACUUCCACCCCAUGGUCCUGUGCCCGCUGCAGAACCUGGGCAACACGUGCUACUUCAACGCGGGUGUGCAGCUGCUCGUGAACUGCCCCGCCCUCGUCUAUGCAGUGCGCAAUUCGCCGUUUGCGCGGUGGACGCGGAGCAACGGCCCCCUCACCGCCCAGGCCGUACCGAUGCCGCGGGCUGAAGCGGCACCGGCAGCGACGAAGCUGUGCCUGAAAGGGGGUGCCGCCAUCCACACACUCUUCCAGGAGUUCUCCAUCCUGCUCGCCCGCAUGGAAAUGGGAUGUGCAGCCGGUGAGAGGGCGAUCUCGCCAAUUUGUGCGCUCGACUCCCUCGCGCAGGCGUAUCCGCAGUUCGAGGGUCGAAGCCAGCAAGAUGCAGCAGAGAUGAUGACGUCGCUGCUGGCCAGCUUGGAGGAGGAGGGCGGUCAGUAUGUGGAAGUGGCACAGCUGCUACAGUCGUUUGAAGAUGCCGCGGCGCUGCGGCAGGGCGUGACUCCCUUGGCCUCCUCUCCCCGGGCGUCGGAUCCAGUGACGCGAGCUCUCAAGGGUGCCACCUCGCCUCUCUUGGAAGCCGAGACCGCGCCCUCCGCAUCGCCGCAUCGGCGCAAUUACAGCGAGCCCUGCAACAUCGAGGAGUACUCCCAAUCAUCGCUGCUCUCCUCCACUAGUGAGGACACCUUCCUGCCGGGUCCGCGCAGCGCGCACUUCUUCAACGUACUGCGGCUGAUGGAACGGGUCAAUCGCGAGAACGAACUACUUGAGCGGCGUGUGAAGCAGCGGCAAGGCAUUGCCUACACUAACUCCUUCAAGCCCCCACGGCUACACUUCAACCCGCUGCUGGACGGCUUCCGCGGGUAUACGUUGUCGGAGGUGGAGUGCCACAACUGCCGCGCGGUAUCGCGCGUAGUGAGCCCCUUUAAUGGGUUGUUGCUGGAUGUGCCGACGGCGAAGCAGCGCCGGCGCUACGCGUUGGCGCACCCGAAUGUGCCGCGCCGCGUCGACUUCGAUGGGCAGCUGCGGCAGGUGAAGAAGCCGUUUCGGCUGACCUGGUGGAACCCCCUCUCCCUCUGCGUGGCAGCGUGGAGGCAGCUGAAGCAGUUCUUCCAGGACCCGUUCCCGUACCCGCUCUGGCUGGACGAGUGCCUCGACAUUCACUUCGAGCCGGAGGUGCUGCGCGGGUGUAGCAGGUACCGUUGCGAGUCCUGCGACACCACCACCGACGCCACGAAGUCGGAGACGCUUCUUGCUCUGCCCGAGUACCUGCUCAUCUACAUGAAGCGCUUCGAGGCCGGCCGCUUCUUCAACAGCAAGAAGUCGGACUCAGUCUUCUUUCCCACCUCGUGGCGGCCGCUCACGACGACGCAGGCGAGGCAGUCGCCUAUCAACACGGACGACGCGCCGCCAGCGCUGCCGGAAUAUCUCGACCUGCGGCACUACCUGCACAGCAGCGUCGCACCGUUCGCAGAGCCGAUCCCGCCCUGUCUGUGGGGUACUGACAACGAGCCCCACCAGCAGCAUCAUGUGAGCAGGGACGAUGCCAGCACCCCCACCAGCUCCAUCGCAACCACCUACACGCUAGACGGCAUUGUCAACCACCACGGCGGCUACGACGGCGGCCAUUACACAGUCUUCCUCUACAAGGCGACGGAGGAGCGGCAGGCGUGGGUGUACAUCAGUGACGAUGAGGUGGAGCAAGCGGAGGAAGUAGUGGCGACGGAUACCGAGUACGUCCUGCUGUAUCGCCGCCAACCCCUCGUGCAGGCUGCACCAGAGUCGGACGAGGCAGAGCAGCUGCGCCGAAAGGCGUGCUACUACCUCUCUCAGUCAUCCCCCUCCUGCCCUGCCCCCAACGCCGCGGCGGCGACGACCGACGGCCCUAAAGCCAGCAAGCCUCAUAGCAGUUGCCCCUUCUCGUCCUCUUCGGCAGGCGGCGUGGCUAGUACGCCACCUCACGCGGCAACCGCGGCGACCGAGCCGUGGGUAUACAUCUCGCGCAUGUGGCUUCAGCGCGUCGCCUUCAUGCACGAGCCGGGCCCGAUUGUGAAUCGGCUGUGUUACUGCCGUCCAGAGGAUCGGGGGCGGGUGAGCAUGUAUCAGAGCAUCUUUCCAGCCACAGUGAAAGUGCCAGCGGAGGUGCCCCACGUCCACGGCCCGCCGGUGAGCUGGUUCUACGCGCCCAUCACACAGAGGGACUACGACAUUUUUUACAACGCGUUUGGUGGCAACUUAGCCGUGACGGCCAGCGAGUACGAGUCACUGCGCGCAAUGCAGGACAAGUUCUGCGCUGCCAUUGAUUUAGCGGAACGGCAGCGAGGGAGCGCAGCUCGCCCUGCUCCCCGGCACUGA